AUGCCAUUGCUCUCUCCAUUGAUAUCAAAAGUUGCCAUCCAUAUGUCUUCGCAAGAGCUGCAGCCUUACCCCCUUUCAAAGACUUCUUCUUGCGCCAGUGCUACUAUGUUCAACAUUCUUCGUACGGCCAGCACCACCACAAGCCAUCAAACCCCUUGGACUACUGCAGAGGUGGAUGAAAGUGUCUCUCCCUCCCGCAAUGACCGAGUUACAAAUCUGAGACCAAGACGAGUAACCUUCAAGCCGACAGUGACGGUGCGCAGCAUACCUCAUUUCAAUCGAUAUCCUCAAAGCAUGAAGAAGAAAAUAUGGAAUUCCUCGGCUGAAAUCUAUUGGAAUGCUCGACGAAACAAAAUUGAAUUCAAAGCGGAAGGUUGUGAUUGGAGAAACGUUGUGACAGAAGAUCAAAUGCAUGUCGAUGUGGCCAUGGGGGAACUGAUACAUCCUUGUCAUGUCUCUUCUUCAAGUACGCAGCAGCACCAGCACGAAGUUCUUGAAGCUUCUGGUGCUGGUGGGGGUGUGGUGAGGACAACAUUGUUUCCGACCACCCGUAAAGUACAAGGGGAACUGAUAUUGUGCUAA